CAUGAGGAAAGAACAUGAGCUAGUUAAUGGCAAUGGUGUUACUGCAAGACACUACAACCCCAUGUCUGAUACGUUCUCAGUCCAGAGGUUCCACCACAUUGAGUUCUGGUGCUCCGACGCCACCACCACCUCUAAUCGCUUUUCAUGGGCUCUUGGUAUGCCCAUUGUUGCCAAAUCCGACUUAUUCACAGGAAACACCUCCCAUGCAUCUUACCUUCUACGUUCGGGUCAGCUUCUCUUUCUCUUUACUGCCCCUUACUCCCCCACCAUAACAACCACCUCCACUGCCUCCAUACCAACUUUCUCCCACUCUGCUUGCCAGGUCUUCACCGCUUCUCAUGGACUUGCUGUCCGCUCAAUUGCCAUUGAGGUCGAAGACGCUGAGCUUGCCUACUCCGUCAGUGUUUUCCAUGGUGCCAAACCUUCCUCAUCUCCUGUCACCCUUGGUGAAGGUGAAAAAGCUAUCGUUCUCGCUGAGAUCCAACUCUACAAUGAUGUUAUAUUGCGGUACAUCAGCUACACAAAUACAACGGUCGGUUAUACCUCUACUUUCUUACCUGGAUUCGAACCAACACUACAACAAAUCAGUUCAUUUGAGCUUGAACCAACCUCCUCGUAUCACAACCAAGAUUGUGGUAUUCGCCGCCUUGACCACGUUGCCAUCAACGUCCCAGAGCUUGCCUCCGCUGUCAGCUACUUAAAAUCUUUCACGGGAUUCCACGAAUUUGCAGAAUUCACUGCCAAAGAAGUGGGGACAAACGAGAGCGGGUUAAGUUCAAUGGUCUUGGCUUCUAACAACGAGAUGGUCAUGUUUGGGAUCAAUGAGCCGGUGUAUGGCACGAAGAGAAGGAGUCAGAUACAGACUUUCCUGGAACACAAUGAAGGCCCCGGAAUACAACAUUUGGCAUUAGAAAGUGAAGAUAUAUUUUGGACAGUAAAGGAGAUGAAACGCCGAGGUGGUGUUGGUGGGUUUGGGUUUAUGCCUCCACCACCACCCACGUAUUACCGGAAUCUGCAGAAGAGAGCCGGCGAUGUGCUGACUGAUGAGCAGAUGAAGGAGUGUGAAGAGUUUGGAAUAUUAGUUGAUAGAGAUCAUGAGGGCAUUUUGCUUCAAGUUUUCACCAAGCCUUUGGGUGACAGGCCAACCAUAUUCAUAGAGAUAAUCCAAAGGAUAGGGUGCAUUAUUUUAGUAAACGAUGACACUAAAAUACAUCAGAAGCCAGGAUGCGGCGGUUUUGGUAAAGGAAAUAUUUCCGAACUCUUCAAAUCAGUUGAGGAGUAUGAGAAGAUGCUUGAAGCAAAUAGUAUCCUCUCCUAA